AUGGAGGAGGAACCCCCGCACGUUGAUGCGAUUCGGCGUACGCCGACUUACUCUGCUGGACUUCCAGACACGAUUGACCCCACAGAUCUCCCAUCCCGUAUUCUCAGAGAGACCGCUACACUUGAGGAAUAUACACGAGAAACUCCGGAAGGCCGGAUCACAAAGCCAGUCAGAUCCCAUGCAACUGGGAAAAUUGAGGACUUCGAGCUUGUCACUUUUAAACUCGACGAUCCAGAGAACCCAAAGAACUGGAGUAAAGCGCGGAAAUGGUACAUCACGAUGGUGGUGGCUGUUACGUGCUUCGUCGUCGCCUUUGACAGUAGCGUAAUAACGGCUGGUAUAAACCAGGUAGCAGAGGAAUUCGCCGUGGGGGAGGUCGUGGCACUACUUACGAUCACAGUCUUCGUUAUUGGGUUUGGUAUUGGACCGAUGGUUUUUGCGCCCAUGUCAGAAAUGAUUGGCCGGAAACCAGUAUACACGUCUACAUUGCUGGUCGCCGUUGUCUUCUUGAUUCCUUGUGCGGUAGCCCAGAACUUUGCAACCCUCGUUGUUUGCCGCGCCAUUGCCGGUGUGGCAUUCAGCGCACCCAUGACACUGGUUGGAGGUACCUUGGCAGACAUGUGGCGAAACGAAGAGCGAGGUGUUCCCAUGGCAGCUUUCAGUGCCGCGCCAUUCAUCGGCCCUGCUGCAGGGCCGCUUAUCGGCGGCUUUUUGUCCGAUGCGAAAGGUUGGAGAUGGCUCUAUUGGUUACAGCUCAUAUUGUCAGGGGCCGCUUGGGUGUUGCUCACGUUUACUGUCCCGGAGACCUACACGCCCACGCUGCUCGCUAUGAGAGCCAAAAGGUUAAGGGAGGAGACGAAAAACAAGAGAUAUGUGACAGAAGAAGAUCUUGAUUCUAGACCACUGGGCGAAAAGCUUCGGUUGUUCCUUUUCCGGCCAUUCCAGCUUCUCUUCUUGGAACCUAUUGUUUUACUCUUCUCGAUCUAUAUGUCGAUUCUCUACGGCCUCCUCUACAUGUUUUUUAUUGCAUUCCCCAUCGUCUAUCACGGAGGGAAAGGUUAUUCCGCAAGUGUUACUGGACUCAUGUUUAUUCCUCUCUCAAUCGGGGUAUUCGCCAGCGCCUGCUUCUCUCCACUGGUUAACAAGCACUACCUAAAAUUGAGUGCGCGGUAUAGCGGUAGACCACCUGCAGAGAUACGUUUGGUUCCGAUGAUGAUGUCGUGCUGGUUUAUUCCCAUUGGAAUGUUCAUUUUUGCAUGGACCUCCUAUCCGCAAAUGCACUGGAUUGGGCCGACAUUAGGCGGCCUCCCUGUUGGAUUCGGGUUCAUCUUCUUGUACAACUCGUGUAAUAAUUACCUAGUGGACACCUACCAGCACCAAGCUGCUUCCGCGCUUGCCGCCAAAACCUUUCUGCGAUCCAUGUGGGGUGCGUCUGUCGUGCUGUUUACUCGCCAAAUGUAUGACAAGCUGGGUUACCAGUGGGCAAGCUCCCUUAUCGCAUUCCUCGGCUUGGCCUGCUGCGCGAUCCCAUUCUGUUUCUAUUACAAGGGCGAUGCAAUUCGGAGACACUCCAAAUACGCCUUCGUGGACGACGCAGAGCAAGAAAUACUGGGGAAAUAA